AUGAAGGAGCGUCCGACCAAUGACAAGAUGCGUGGCGGGCUCUGCGACCCUGAGUCGCGCUAUGAAUACACCAACCAUCUCGCUAUCAUGAACCAGCAGGCGCAGUGGGUCCUCAAAAACAUUCGACCAGACGCAAACCUGCCAUACUAUGACACGGUAGCCUAUGACGACAAUGGGGACCUCAUCAUGCCACCCUCCGACGUCCGUUGUCCAACAGUCCAGUCUUCCUGA